AUGAUUCAUCUCUCUAUUUAAGAUCAUUCGAGCGACCGAGUUGUGUUUUACAGCGAGUGAGCACGGUCCAGGAACGCUAGCUAGCUCUUGUUCUAGGCCGGGUGGCAAGACCUACGGACCGAUAGCAUAUUGAAACUAUUGAAAGAAUUUUGGGAAUAUUUGCAUAAACUUCAACUUUCGUGCCACUUUUCGUGAAUUUUAACUGUCGUAAUACCACGGAAAAGCGAAAACAGCUCCGAAAAGAGCGUUCCCGAAGUAAACAUCCCACCAUCCCAUGAAUGUCAAACUCUGAAGUUUUUUCUAAAAUACGAUCGGGGAUUUGUUCUGCAUAAAGCUACCUGUCUUUUUAAAGUACCUUGCUCAAAACACAAAAAUGGUUCGCGGAUCGUCGAAAAAAUCGAAACGGAAAUUGGUGUUGCAAGUGCCGCAAAAGACGUUGCAGCGAGCAUUGCGUCUUCUGGAACAGCCGCUUGAGAUCCCCGGAGAUAGAAGUGAACAUGGUUGCCCCUUCACGAUGGUAAGAUAUCUGGACUCCAGCACGACCACGCGCCGUUCUUUACACUCGCGCCGGAACUGGUUGGAGCAUUUUAGUGCAAGCGUGACCCGGCACGAUUGGAACACAUUUAUGCGGUCUCUGAAGCUGGUAACACAAAAUAACUCCUUCUGCGGAGUCCCGGCAGUCUUGCGAAAUACCAUUUUCGGCAUGCUCGCUCAUCCGCUCUACCGAGAACCGGCUGUGAUAAAGUCGAUCCUCACUGCGAUAACUCCUUGCAGCAGCAAUGAUGAUGUAGCAUUAUGUAUCGAAACUAUCGCCCAAACCAUCAAUGGGCACACAGAGUGUUUGAAUGAGAAUAAAUAAAUUGUGGAA